GGCAGAAAUUCGGAAAGUAUGACGAAGUUCAUUUGAUCUUCGACCGAUAUGAUGUCGCAAGGUCCCUGAAGUCCGCUACAAGACUGAAAAGACUUGGUAAAGCUGUCCCUGUAGCCUAUCAUAUAACAGAUUCUAGAUCAAUCACAAGGGUCUUCAUGCAGAAGCUCCUCGCAGAUGUGAAAACUAAGGAUGAGCUAACAACGUACAUGGCAUUAAAUAUACUCGAGCAUGAACUGACUCAGGAGAAACAUCUUAUUGUGGCAUGGCGUGACCAAGCGAAGGGCAACCAUCGAGACGUUUCUCAUCUGGCCAGUAGUCAGGAAGAAGCUGACACCAAACUGAUACUUCACGCCAAGGAGGCUACCUCUGCAGGUGCUACUAUCAUCAGCAUCCACUCUCAAGACACUGAUGUCCUCGUACUGGCGCUCAGACGAUACCCAGAGCUGUGUCGAAAUGUUCACUUUGUAACCGGAACAGGGCAGAGGCGUCGAAGCAUUUCACUUCAACCGAUCUUUGAUGCGCUGGGCUCGAGCACCGUCGCAGCACUCCCUGGCUUUCAUGCUUUCAGUGGUGCAGACAUCACUGGGCGAUUUUCAGGAAUGAGCAAGAGAAAGUGCUGGAAAGUCUUUGUUGAUAUGGAUCCAGACGUGAUGGCAGCAUUUGGGCAGCUCGGUACAAUGCAAAACCCGUCUGAGGCACAGAUGGAUCUUCUCGAACGCUAUGUCUGCAAACUGUACCUCCCGAAGAUGGACCUCACCACUGUUGCAGACGUCAGGUGGCACCUAUUCAAAAAGAAACAAGCGCAAGCAGAGAGUCUGCCACCGACACAUGCUGCUCUUCGUGCAGCCAUCAUGAGGGCACACUACCAGGCACUUAUUUGGAGCGUGGACGUUGUGGCAAAUCCGGAGUUACCUUCACCUGAUGACUAUGGCUGGUAUUUGGUGGAAGGACAGUACAGGCCUGUCAUGACAACGCUGCCGCCUGCCCCAGAAGCAGUGAUUCAUCUCGUCAGGUGCUCCUGUGCCAAAACGAAGUGUUCAUCAAACCGCUGCAAGUGCAGGAAGGCUGGGCUACGAUGCACGGAACUUUGUAGCUGCUCAGAGGGAGAUGGGUGCGACAACAUGCCAGAUGACGAUGUUGGCCAGGAUGAUGAUGAUGAUGAACCAUCGAGCGAUGACGAUGAGUAAAGAAUGCCUCUUCGCAGCUUGUGUAUUGUACAAAAUAUACUUGUAGUUGGCAAUUGUUAAUAAAGUGACAAGCUAUGAUUGUGAA